AUGGAUCUCGAGAGAGUGAAGUGUUGGGACACUUCAAAGAAGGACUCUUGGAAGAAUAUUCUGCUCUUAGCCUACCAGAGUCUUGGAGUAGUAUAUGGGGACCUUAGCAUUUCUCCUUUAUAUGUCUACAAGAGCGCAUUUGCAGAAGACAUUCAACAUUCAGAGACCAAUGAAGAGAUUUAUGGUGUACUUUCUUUUGUCUUCUGGACUCUUACUUUAGUCCCUCUGUUCAAGUAUGUCUUUAUUGUCCUUCGAGCUGAUGAUAACGGAGAGGGUGGUACUUUUGCACUGUAUUCUUUGAUAUGUAGGCAUGCAAAAGUGAGCCUUCUACCCAACCGGCAGCUUGCUGAUGAAGCACUCUCUACUUAUAAAUUGGAGCACCCACCAGAGAAGGAAAAAAGUUCAAGGUUGAAAGUUGUACUUGAGAAGUGCAAGGCCUUACACACUGCUUUGCUAAUUCUUGUUCUUCUUGGCACUUGUAUGGUAAUAGGUGAUGGAGUGCUCACUCCAGCUAUUUCAGUAUUUUCUGCGGUGUCUGGCCUGGAAUUAUCCAUGUCCAAGGAGCAUCACCAGUAUGCAGUGGUUCCAAUUACUUGUUUCAUAUUGUUGUGUCUUUUUGCACUUCAACACUAUGGCACCCAUCGAGUUGGAUUCUUUUUUGCACCAGUGGUGUUGGCGUGGCUUCUAUGCAUCAGUGCACUUGGCUUAUAUAACAUAUUCCAGUGGAAUCGGUAUAUCUAUCAAGCUCUGUCUCCAUAUUACAUGUUCAAGUUCUUGAGGAAGACAAGGAUAAGCGGAUGGAUGUCUUUAGGUGGAAUAUUGCUGUGCAUAACAGGCUCAGAGGCCAUGUUUGCUGAUCUUGGCCACUUCUCAUAUUCUGCUAUUCAGGUUGCUUUUACCUUUUUGGUUUAUCCAGCACUUAUAUUGGCAUAUAUGGGUCAAGCUGCUUACUUAUCACAACAUCACCACACCAGUCACCGGAUUAGUUUUUAUGUCUCAGUUCCAGAAAGUGUGAGAUGGCCAGUGCUUGUACUGGCCAUUCUUGCUUCUGUUGUGGGAAGCCAAGCGAUCAUCAGUGGAACAUUUUCUAUCAUAAACCAGAGCCAGUCACUAGGUUGUUUCCCAAGAGUCAAGGUUGUUCACACUUCUGACAAGGUACAUGGCCAGAUAUAUAUCCCUGAGAUCAAUUGGAUGCUCAUGAUCCUCUGCAUUGCAGUGACCAUUGGAUUUAGAGACACAAAACACCUGGGGAAUGCAUCAGGGUUAGCAGUGAUGGCGGUUAUGCUAGUGACAACAUGCCUCACUUCCUUGGUGAUCAUCCUUUGUUGGCGCAAGCCACCUAUUCUAGCCCUUUGCUUCCUAAUCUUCUUUGGCUCUAUUGAAUUGCUCUACUUCUCAGCUUCACUCACAAAGUUCCGGGAGGGUGCCUGGCUCCCCAUCCUUCUUGCUCUGUUCCUCAUGACUAUCAUGUUUGUUUGGCACUAUGCAACCAUCAAGAAGUACGAAUUUGACCUCCACAACAAGGUUUCCUUGGACUGGCUUCUAGCGUUGGGUCCAAGCUUGGGAAUUGCUCGAGUCCCUGGCAUUGGCCUAGUGUUCACAGAUCUCACCUCUGGCAUUCCUGCUAACUUCUCCCGCUUUGUAACCAACCUCCCUGCUUUUCACCGCGUUCUAGUUUUUGUGUGUGUAAAGUCAGUUCCUGUCCCUUAUGUUCCGCCUGCUGAGCGCUACCUGGUGGGUCGUGUUGGCCCUGCAGCUCAUCGGUCCUAUAGGUGCAUUGUUCGGUAUGGAUACCGUGAUGUUCAUCAGGAUGUUGACUCCUUCGAAUCAGAACUAGUUGAUAGGCUGGCUGAUUUCAUCCGAUAUGAUUGGUGUCGAACACAGAGAACUAGCUCAUGCACUGAGGAUGAUGCAUCAAGGUCUACUGAUAUGAGUGACUGUAGACUGGCUGUCAUUGGAACAGUGGCAUUUUCUGGUGCACCAGCUUAUGAGAUAGAGGAGACUCAACCGGCAAGUGUAUCUGUUGGUUUUCCAACUGUAGAAAGUAUAAGAGAUGUUAUUGAGAUGGAACCAGUUGAAAGAAGAGUGAGGUUUGCCAUUGAUGAUGACUCUCAGGCUGAUAGCCGGACUGAGAAUGCCAUGCAGAUACGUGAAGAGCUUGAGGAUCUGUACGCAGCUCAACAAGCUGGGACAGCGUUUAUACUUGGGCACUCACACGUUAAAGCAAAGCAAGGUUCAUCUAUCAUGAAGAGAUUGGCCAUUAACUUUGGGUAUAAUUUCCUGAGGAAGAAUUGCAGGGGGGCAGAUGUGGCGCUUAAAGUGCCACCAGUGUCCCUUCUUGAGGUUGGCAUGGUUUAUGUUGUCUAG